AUGCUGGGAGACAGUGGCCCUCAGUUUUUGCAAUCUCUCAGAGUACCAGACUGGACCCCUCUGUAUUUCAAACUGCAGUCGAGGAUCCCGGACCAAGCCUGGCAAACGUUACGUAGCAUUUCCAAGUUAGGACGAACCGACUUAAGUCAUAACGAUUAUAUUUUUAUUAAGAUUGGAAAAAGUGUAUUUGCUGCCUUAUAUUUUGUUGUGAUUAUUAAUUUUAAUUAAUUAAUUAAUUUUUGAGCAAGUCACCUCAUGCCUAGAAGACAAGGAAAACUAGUGAGUUGCAACAAUUUUUUUAGGAAUUUUACAAUGUCACAUUUUUUUGUUCUGUAGGGAAACUGUGGAGGCCCUAAUAAAAGAUCUAAAUCGCCAGAAGGAUGCCAUCAAGAAAACUGGAAUAGUGGUUGAUGGAAGAUGCUUUAAAGUUAAAUUUACAGGUUAUUUAUGUCUUCCAAUCUUGACUCUUUAUAUUUUUUUACCUUAUUAUUAUUUUUUUUGCAAUGUUUUUAUGUUACAUGUCUAGCCAUGUUAUAGUAUUAUUGAAUCUAUUUUAUGCUUGGCAGUGUUAAAAAAUAUCUAGGAAAGUGGUGUUUAAUAUAAAGUCUACCAUUUGAGAUCUGUGGUAUAGCUAUUUAAACUUCAACUUGAUAUUAUCUUCUUGUGACAGUUACUCUUGAUUACAAAGCAUUGAUAACGCUACUCAAGCGAAAAGGUUGUGGUGCCGACAAAUAUGUCGAUAACCUUUGCAACCGACGAUUGGACACAGAGCGCUGUGUAUUCUGCAAAGUUAUUAGAGUAGGUUAUACCUGA